UACGUGUGAAAUCUGUGAAUGAUCACAGAGGUCACAUGGUACAAGGCUAUUCACAACAGCCUUGUACCAUGUGACAAGCUGUGACCAAUCGCAGCUCACUCAGUAGUUCUCAAUGAUUUCACAAGUAGUAAGCAAUGAUGUCAGAAGUGACAUCUUGCUUACACCUAUUCAUGUGAUCCUGAUUGGCCAAUCACACAGAUGUCCUGUACAGUGAUCGGUGUUCUGGAGGACACAGCGGGCACCGGAUCGUGGUGCCGCAUGCUUCCAGGCAGGAAGCGCACACAGUCCAAAAUGGCAGGCGCCGUUUAUGAACGCCAACCCGCCCCUGGACUGCCACCGUCUGGCCGUUUAUAUACAUGGGCCGAACGGGAAGUGGUU